CGUUGCCCGGUGCAGUCGUGAACUACACGCGUCACAUUGUUAUUUUCAGUUAUACACAGUUUAGUGAUAUUUUUAUUUUUUUAAUUUGUCAGUGUUAAUUUUAUAGAGAAAAAGAAUGGUUCGUGUAUGCGUUAUUGGAGCUGGUGCAGCGGGAUUGUGCGCUGCUCGCCACCUCCUAGUAGAACCAUGUGUCAGCCAGCUGGAUAUCCUGGAGCAAGCUCCUCAACUCGGCGGUACCUGGGUCUACACUGAGAAUGUGGGAUAUGAUGACUUUGGACUUCCAAUUCACACCAGCAUGUACAAGAGUUUAAGGACAAACCUUCCUAAAGAAAUUAUGGGUUUCCCGGACUUCCCAGUUCCGGAAAGUGACAAGUCUUACCUACCCGCUAAGGACAUGCUAGCAUUCCUCAAAUUAUACGCAGACAAACAUGGCGUUACGGAUAAAAUCAAGUUUCGACACCACGUACAGUUGGUAAUACCAAAACAAACUCCUUCGGGAGAGCUGUGGGAUGUCACUUACAAGAACCUGACCAAUGGAGCCAUAGAGACCAAGGAGUACGACUACAUUUUUGUGUGCAAUGGACAUUAUAAUACGCCGUUUAUACCACAUAUACCAGGACUUAAAGAAUUUAAAGGUGACGUGAUGCACAGCCACGACUAUCGAGUGCCAGAUAUCUUCGCUGACAAACGGGUCCUAGUCAUCGGCGCUGGUCCAUCAGGUAUGGACAUCGCCCUAGAACUGACGACUGUAUCAAAGAAAGUAAUCCUGAGUCACCACUUGAAGGAACAACCUCGCACUGAGUUUCCUGAUAAUUUGCAACAGAAACCUGAUGUGGAACGCCUUGAAGGGGAUAAGGUGCACUUCCUCGAUGGCAGCGAAGAUGAAGUUGAUGUCGUUUUCUUAUGUACCGGUUACAUGUACAACUUCCCGUUCCUCCACGAAUCCUGCGACAUCGUGGUGGAAGAGAACUGCGUGGAGCCCCUGUACAAGCAUGUGGUCAACAUGAAACACCCCAGCAUGUGCUUCAUCGGUGUGCCCUACUAUGUGUGCGCCUUCUCUAUGUUCGAUUUACAGGUCCGGUACUACGUCCGUUCAAUGAAUGGCACCUUCAGUCUACCUACUCCUGAGCAGAUGGCCGAACAUUGGGAGGAAGAGAAACGGGACCGAGCUGCGAGGGGCUUCACCAGACGACAGGCGCAUAUGAUGGGACCUGACCAGGAAAAAUACUACGCAUCAUUAGCUGAUGAAGCGAAAACGAAGACUCUGCCUUCGGUGGUGACGAAAAUUCGUGACGAGAGUAUGAUCAGGUUCUUCCACAACCUGAAGAAUUACAGGCAAGAUAAAUACAAGAUUAUUGACGAUGGCACUUACGAGAUUAUAAGUAAUGGGAAACGAGAAGUUAUUUGUUGAGCCUAAAAUAAAAAAUUGACGUUUAGAUUAUAAGAUUAAUGUCCAAAUACUCAAACGCCACUCAAUUGUAAGUCGAGCUUAGUUCUGUCUCUACCUCUGCAAAAUCUUUAGAGAAUGACAGAGAUGGCGCGAUUAUUAAGUAAAACUUAUAAUUGAGUAGCCUUUCAGUAUUCGGGCGUAACACAUUGCUCAAUAAUGUACUUAUUUGCACAAAAACCUGUCUAAAGCUACCAGGAUGCCAGGCGUUUACUUAAUUUAUUUUAAUAAGAUUCAAAGAGAUACAAUGUAUUAACAGCUGUUGUACUUCCAUCAAAUAAAGUCUAGUUCGUCAUAAGUA